AUGUUUUACCUUAAACUUUUAAGUUUUUUGCUCAGCACCCUGACCAUUGUGACUGCAAAAACCCCUGUUAUUAUUGGUAAGUUUUGUGGCUAUCAUUAGUUUUACCUUCUCAUUGCCUGUUGUUUUUCUGAGCUGUACAAUCGAUUCGAUAGAUGUAAGGCGCAUGGACACUAUUACUUCGUUGCGUUAGACAAUGUUUUACUAAUUUAUAAAGAAAUGUUUCGGUUUGGUGAUGACUUUCAAAACGGUGGUUCUAUUACAAGGUAUGUUUUAUUAAAAAUGAGCCUCAAAAAUGGUAGACAAUCAGUAUAAAACGUAAGCAUCAAGCUUGAGUAAACAUUCGCGUCAUGAAAUACCGGUUAUUUGAUAUUAUGGUUAAGAUUUGCAUUGUAUUUGCCACGUAAAUUCACCUAUUUCUUGUUUUUUUGUAUUUCUUUACUUAAAAGUAGUCUAAGCUGAUGUAAAAAAGUGCAGAUGCUUUGUAGCUACAUGUAUCAGACUAGCUGUCAACCUAGCUAUCAAUGCUAAUCUGCAGUAAUCUAGGAAGAGAGGUAAAAGGCCGGGGAUUUGACAAAGGAAGACAGCCCAUGUUGGGGGACUUUUGAUUAUCGCCAAGUCCCCGGGGGUGAGGACAAUGGAAUUUUAUCUGAUUAUGGACGCCAUCUUGGAUUGGAAGCUGUAAUUACCAGGGAUUGUUUUCAAAAGAUGGUGGCCAUUGUUGCCAUAAUUAUCUGUGGGGUUUUUUUAUGCACAUUGUGCAAGAUGGAGGGCGAGGAGAGCUUGAAAUGGUAUCUAUAUUUAUCCUCUCUAUUCUUAUUCAAAUGAGUACAUCCAUUCAUUUACACUAUUGUCUUAGGAAGUUAAGGUGAUUCCUUAGUAAAAGAACAUAACAUAGAUUGUAGAUAAAACUUGGUACACUGAUGUAACAAAUCAAGAAGAUGAUAAAAAAGUAAUAAGAAGAGGAGGUCACCGUGCUCGAUUUGAUGUCACAAUGCUGACAAAUACGGCUAUUUAGGACCCUUUUACAAAAACUGCGCGCAGCACAAAACUAGACAAAAAGGAGAGUUUUUUGCAAUGAUGCAUGUGGUAUCACACAGAAUUUGACUUUCAUGUAUUGUUUAUCCACUUACGUACCAGAAAAAUGCCUUUUAAUGCCCUUGUUUUUACUUUAUGCUCCAAAGUAGAAUUAAAUUGGACACACACUAUUCGACCCGUAAUUGCUCUAUCCGUACAAUUUAGUAAAAUUGCCAAAAAAGUGAACAUAGAUUUGUGCCAAUUUUUUUCUCAUCGAAGGGAAGCACUGUCCUUAUUAAAAUCAUGAAAUAAAAUAUGGGGGUCACUGCACUCGUUUUUGCGGUAGAACUGCAGAAAGUGCACACCAAAUGCAUUUUCUCCGAUUUUUGAGAGAGGACUGGGGCGAGUUUCAAAAUAGAAUGUAUGUGAAAGGGGGAAGAAAGUAUUAAAAAAUCCGUUUUUACAGAAUUUACAUCAAGAUAUCACAUUUAGGACACAAUGUGAUAAAGAAAGCGUUUAAAUGAAAAUCAAACUGAGUAAGCACAAGUUAAACAUCCACUAUCGAGGUUCUCCGUGAGGAAGUCGAACUCAGCAACACACGUACCGCUAAUGUUAUGCACAUUCCCAACACAUUGAGUCUCACCUUGGCAAGAAACAACUGCAAGCAAAAAUUCCAUUAGCGUUUCUCUUCAGUCAACUUCAUUUUAGUAAUGUUACUUCACAUGCUCUUUUUUAGGGUGGCCAUCUUGUUAUGCGCAGUAAGAGAUGCGCAUUGCAAAACCAGGGAAUUACCUGAAACUCUUAUUCAGUACGACUGCAUGAUACAAAUGUUUUGCCCGAGUUUAAAAGCAAGUAACAUUGCUUGUUUAACAGCCGCAAAUUCAUUAAACUCUGUAGGUGGAAAACAUUCUUUUGUGAUGUUUGUAAUGUGACAUUUUGCUGGAGCAUUUUAACAACAAUUGUUAAAAUAAACAGAUGCAGCUUUCUCAUAAAGUUGGUGUGUUGCUUCUUUCAAUGAAACACACCUGACCUCUAGUCUUUGUUGGAGUGAUGGGGAAUUUGUUGUCUUUUGACCAAUAAUGGCCCUGGGGUAGAAUUGACCCAAAAAUUUGCUUCAAAUUCAAAUCCCCGGCCUUUUCCUGGCUUUCCCCUCUCUCCAGAUUAACAUUUAUAGUUACAUUAUCACUCUUGAAAUUUUGGAAUGGAAGGCUCCAAAAACCUAGAUAUUUAUAUAGUCAUAAAGAAAUGUAAUGCAGCCAAUCAGAAUUAGUCAGCAAGAUGAAGAUCGUUGCUGAUAUUCUUCAGGUGACCAGUUACAUCAAUCCUGUGUCGUAAUGUCCUAUUAGAAAAAACGUUUAGGGUGAGGAAAAAGGGAAAAAUUGGAGAGCAAGAGUUCUAGCUAGGGAGGGGGAAGGAUGGUGGAGCCUGGAGAUAGCCUCAGAAAACAAGCGUCAUUUCACAACACCAACACUGGUUUCCCCACAGAAUGACGUCUGAGAAACAAGCACAGAAAGACUACACAUCACCUUCCUGGUCUUGGUAGUGCCUUCGAUGGGUUGUUCCAUGUGGGAUAUUUGGUUUAACCAAUCAGAAGCACUACCCAGAUCUGGGUAGUGACGAGUCAUCAGUAUGGAGUUUCAGUACUUGUUUCCCAGACCUCAGUUUCCAGUGAAACCAGUGGUGGUGUCACGAAAUGUCUGCUGUUUUGUCAGGCUAGCCUGGAGACAGAGAGCUUUAGAAUGGCUGUACCACUGAGGACCAGGAAAUAAAGACACAAACAUACAUAGUCAUCACCGAGGGUCAAAGAACUCACCACAUACCUCUUAACAAACUCUUAAACUGAAAGCUUAACUGAAUGAAAGCUUAACUUUAAUUUUCCGCCUGAUAUUAUUUUGUAUCCGUCACCGUAAUUUUUAUGCCAUCUUCGAAAAAUUGUAAUUGAGGAGGCCUAAUUAACAUAAGCUCUAUAGUUUCCUUUAGGCCUCCUCGCCAUUUCUUCCUACAUUUUUUUUUGGCAUUUUUUUGUAAUUAUUGUAAUCCUGUGGCAAAUAAAUAAAUGCAAUACAAAAAAAGACAAAUGCUUACUGAAAGCAUCUUUUUGUCAACUGUAGUUCCUGGAGAUGGUGGAAGCCGGCUUGAAGCUCAAAUCCAUAAACCAUCAGUGCCACACUAUUGGUGUGAAAAGACCUCAAGUUCAUGGUUUGAUUUAUGGCUGAGUGUAGAGUCACUGUUACCAGAGGCCAUUGAUUGCUGGGCAGAUAAUAUAAGGUGCAAUUUUGUAAUAAUUACAAUUAUUGUAAUUGUAAUUUUUCUUAACUUUGUCAGUCAUAAAGAAAAAUUGAACAAAAAAUAUUGUGAAAAUUUAUGAGGUUAUUGCAAAUCAUUACAUUUAACAAGUACAAUGAAAUAAUGACAUCCAAUCUGUAAACAAUAACCUGUCUUUAACUUGCCGCUGUAAAUGCCCAUACAGAAUGUUCUCCUGGUUAUACUUCAUUGAGUACUGGUACUUGAAAAAGUAUUUGGAAGGCAAGAUUUCUUGUUUUCCAAUUGUAGAUAUGGUAAAAAUAAUAAUGGUCACUUUUAAGUUCAACAGUCCUUUAACUACAGUACAUUCACCAAGGAAGUCAUAUUCCACUUUCUAUCAAAAGGGUCUUGAUUAAUCCAUAAAUUAAGUCUGUAAAAAAUCUCUGCAAUUUUUGUAUUAAAAGGGGUUUGUCAUUCAGCUAGGGUGCAAAUGUAGACUUGGGAUGUGAAGAGGGCCCAUGGCAGUGAAUUUCAAUACCUUGUCCCUUAAAGUUGAGUUUUGAUGCAAGUUUAAUACAGUAUUUCAUUGUGGUUCCAUCUUUUUCUUACCACUACAGUCCUGCAAGAAAUUAUUUCCAGUGAUAAACUGAAUCAGAAGAGACCACACCUCAUGAAAAUUUAAUGAGUAUUAAUGGAUUUACCUUGUCCAUAAUCUCCAUAUAUUAGUAUGUGUAAUCAAAGAGUAUUCGUCACCUAUGAAAUUAUAAGAUUAAUAUACUGGACUUUGCUAUUGUCUUACUAUCCACUUUGGAUGGCCCAACUGUGUGAAAAUGAUUGUGACAUUGUUUAAUCUUUUUUACUUGCAGACUUGCUUACAAUAGUUCUUCUCAGACAAUCGGAAAUUCACCUGGAGUUGAAGUGCGUACUCCAGAUUUUGGCUCAACUAAGUCGGUGACUUAUUUAGAUCCUUCACUGUAUCACCCCGGGGAAUAUUUUGCUGAUAUGGUAGAUGCCUUUGAAAAAAUUGGACUUGAAGAUGGUGUGUCAUUGCGAGCUGCACCAUUUGACUUCAGAUAUGCACCUAGUAAGCUUUGAGUUUGUUGAAGGUAACACUCGAGGGGAUUCCUCAGGGGUGAUUACCCCCCUACUUGAGCAUUAACUAUGUCACCAUUGAAAAAAGGAAAAUUUCAUCUUUAUCUAAAGCAUUGUACAGCUGUGGUAGUCAUUUUUCCAUAUCUUUGGAAAAAUAACCACCACAGCUGUACACAUUGCCCCUGAAAAAUCCUCUUGAGCCACCUUAAAAGGGGUUUUUAUAUUAAAGUAUGGCCACUCAGUAAAAUAAAUUAUAAUAAUUAAUUAUGUUUCUGAUGUCAAAACUCUUAUGGAUCAUAAAAAUGAUUCUUUAACCAUUUACAAUAUGGAAUUACAUCUCCUGCCAUGUUGCCAUGGUUACAUCCCAGCCAACUUCAAGGUUGAUGAGGCAACAUAUAAUGCAUAAACAUUACUUACUUUACAGACAAGAAACAAACAUUAAUUUUGUGAUAACUUUAUUGCAGAUUCUGCUCAAGAGUACUUCGAGAAUUUAAAAUCACUGAUUGAAGACACCUAUGUAAAGAACAAUAAAACAAGUGUGAUCCUAUUGUCCCACAGCCUGGGUUGUCCAUACACCCAUUACUUCCUUAGCAAGAUGUCUCAGGACUGGAAAGACACCUACAUCAAAGUCUGGAUUACUUUAGCUGGUGCUUGGGCAGGUGCCGCCAAGCUUAUGCGAAUAUAUGCGUCAGGGACCAGUUUAGGUCUGCCAGAUGUAGUUCUAGAACCACUGAGUCUUAGGCCGGUCCUAAGGACUUAUGAAAGCUCUGCUUUCCUAUUACCUAGCAAAGACUUCUGGUCUGUUGAGGAGGUAAGGUUGCUGUUUUUGUGGUUGUCUCUUUUUAAGUCACCUAAUUUUAACAAUUAUGGUGUAAAAAGUUCUAGAUCUUUGCAACUGCCACUUCACUUAAUCAGCUUAUUAAAUUACUAGUUUUGUUUCCUCUUUUCUAGUACAUCCACUUGUGUAAUAAGUAAUCUUUUGACAGGCUCCCAAAGUUAAACCACAGGCUGCCCAAACUCACGUUGCGAGGGAAGGGUGUAAUGUAAUUUACAUAACAUAUGUGACGCGUGCCAGUGUCGCGUUACAGGCGACCGUUGAAAAUGUAAGAGACUUUGUAUGGGAAAUAUAUCACUGAGAUCUGCGAACGCCAAAUAACGCUAAACCUUACUUUUUCUUAAAUGAAAUGAAUAAAAAAGUCUUACCUGCAAUCUAUUCCGCUGCGGUUUGGUGUCUGUUUGUCGUUUUACUGUCUUUUUGGCUUUAUUGCGUAACCACUGUUACUCCCAUCUGUCGGGGUCCUGGACCAGUCGCCCAAAAAAUGCCGUUUUUUUCGCCGAAAUUCAAAUCCGCUGCAAAUUUUUCAGCUCCAGCCUAAGAAGGAAACCUCUUCUUCCUCUCUGAGAGAUCAGCUCGAAAAAAAAUCCAUAAUUUCCCCAUCAAAUCGAGCCAUUUGUGCCGGACUUCGAGGCAAGUCUGGCUUUCGUGCAGUGCCUGUGACCACUGUCGCGCUUACCAAGGUUUCCAAUUUCAAAUGCAAAUUAGUUGCUAGGGUGACAAUUAGCACUUACGCAACGGGUGCAAGGGCAGAAAUGACCCGUUAACUAGGCUCCUCGCCCCACCACGCCAAGGGAGUAAUAUGACGCUCGUGCUAUGUGAGGGAUCGCGUGUCCAGGUAGGCAACGAUUCUAUUUUCGAAUUGCGGUACAUGUAACGGUUGAUAACAAGAGUUUACAACGGAAAAUGUAGUUUGUCAUAUAUUGCAGUAUGCUAUCUACUUUGAAGAGGUUGAGAUCUGGUGACGAUACCGAUGUAAUUCCCUUCAAGAAAUCUAGGCAUGGUAUUCCCUUUGGAUUUUUUCGACGGAAUGAUUCCUCACUAAUAGAAAAAGGAAUAACCUAUUCAAAGCUUGGUGUUGUGCAUCGAAUAAUACACUCCAUUCAUCAUCUCGCUGAAACAUACUCCCGUUAUUAUGACCCUUUCGUUGCCUACCUGGACACGCGAUCCCUCACAUAGCACGAGCAUCAUAUUACUCCCUUGGCGUGGUGGGGCGAGGAGCCUAGUUAACGGGUCAUUUCUGCCCUUGCACCCGUCACGUAAGUGCUAAUUGUCACCCUAGCAACUAAUUUGCAUUUGAAAUUGGAAACCUUGGUAAGCGCGACAGUGGUCACAGGCACUGCACGAAAGCCAGACUUGCCUCGAAGUCCGGCACAAAUGGCUCGAUUUGAUGGGGAAAUUAUGGAUUUUUUUUCGAGCCGAUCUCUCAGAGAGGAAGAAGAGGUUUCCUUCUUAGGCUGGAGCUGAAAAAUUUGCAGCGGAUUUGAAUUUCGGCGAAAAAAACGGCAUUUUUUGGGCGACUGGUCCAGGACCCCGACAGAUGGGAGUAACAGUGGUUACGCAAUAAAGCCAAAAAAACAGUAAAACAACAAACAGACACCAAACCGCAGCGGAACAGAUUGCAGGUAAGACUUUUUAUUCAUUUCAUUUAAGAAAAAGUAAGGUUUAGCGUUAUUUGGCGUUCGCAGAUCUCAGUGAUAUAUUUCCCAUACAAAGUCUCUUACAUUUUCAACGGUCGCCUGUAACGCGACACCGGCGCGCGUCACAUGUUAUGUAAAUUACAUUACACCCUUCCCUCGCAACGUGAGUUUGGGCAGCCUGUGGUUAAACAUCCCUUUUUAAUUCACUUUUUUGGUUGAAAAUGUUAAAGAUAUGCUAUCCUGUACAUUUUAGUAAUUCAACUUCUGAUUUGUAGGGCCUUUUUAUAAGAAGGGAGGGUAACCCUGGUGCUUGAGGUUACUUUGGCACUCACACAUUUCUUCCUAUUUUACACCAUGUAUAACUUACGUGUACAAGGCAGGUAGACUGGUGCUAGGGUAGUGCUGUAUUUAUUGAGUCCCAGGGUUACCCUACCUGCUUUGUAAACAUCCUGCUGGGGAUACUUUGCCUAUCCAGGACAACUAGAAGUUAUCCAAUUUUUGAGCUAACCAAUAGGUAUUUUCUGUUAUACAAUGAUACUAUCUGUCUGUCUUUUCCUUUUUUUUUGUUUGUUUGUUUUUGGUGAAUGCAAUGUCUUUUUCCACAGGGGUCUUUAAGAUUUCAUUCAAAUCUUAGACAUUGCAAAGAACGCUUAUUUCAGUCUUAUGGUCACACAUGACACACAUUUAAGCGUGCUUUUCAGCUGUAAUUUUAUUUUAUUUUUUAUUAUUUAUUUAUUUAUUCAUUAUUAUUUAUAUUUAUAUUUUUACUUUUUAUUUUUAACAAAUAAGUCAUUGUAAUAUUUUAUUAGGUUUAUUACUAUUAGUAUUAAUUGUAAAGCACUUUGGAUCACAAAGAGAAAGGCGCUAUAUAAAUGUAUAUAUUAUUAUUUAUUAAAACACAUCAUUCAAGCAGGUAAACUCGACCCAAGUGAUAGGGUAACCCUACUUUGAAAAUUUGCUUGGGUUAUCUUUAAUGUGCUUGCUAGGGUAACCCUACCACAAUGGUUAGCCCCUUUUAAACAGGCCCUAAACACUUAUACAUGUAAAUAACUGGUUGAAAAGUUGGAGGGAUGAUUGGCAUCAACUCAGGUGCCGUAUCCAGUCAUAAUGGCUUGGGCAGAUUUUUCUAUAAGGCCAUUAUGGGUUCAAUAGUAUUCAAAGCACUGUACAUAGAAAAAAAUGUUUGAAAUAGAUUAUGUUUUUCUGUAUUGUAAAAAAUUAACAAAAAAAAUGUUCAACAUCAAUAUGCUAUCAAUAUUCUUGCAGAUAAUUGUCCAAACAGCCAAUCAGAACUACUCUUUGGGUAACCUAAAGAAGUUCUUUUUAGAUAUUGGAUACCCUGAUGCUAUCAACAUCAGUGGACUUGUCCCGCCGAUUUGGAUUAGAGAACCACCCAAUGUGACUCUGUAUUGUCUGUAUGGUACUGAUAUACCCACCCCCGAAAAAUUCCUUUAUCAAGUGGACGAAUUUCCUGAUACUUUCCCCAAAACGGAGUUUGGAGAUGGUGAUGGUACAGUUAACAUUCGCAGCCUGCAGGCUUGUCACUCUUUUGUGGGUAAACAGGAGCAACAAGUGGUGAUAAAAUCAUUUUCCAAGGCGGAACACAUGGCCAUUGUCGGAGACUCUAGGGUUAUUGAAUUUGUAAAAAAUAUAAUCACUUCAAUGGACUAAUAUCAGGGGACUUCACAAGGCUGAAAGUCUAUUUUCAACUAUUAAUGUAAAUCCUUUCACAGACGUACAUCAGCAAUUGGUUCAAUUCGUGUGACAAGCAUUGGCUGAAGGGUUCGAACCCCGCGUCCUCAUCGGCCAGUAGCUGAAUACCGUAAACUUCCGUUAAUAUG